GGGUCUGAAUGCAUUUGCCACAGCCAGAGACCAUCGCAUACAGACAUUAGAUCCAGUGAAGAAUCCGGGAAACAUUUCUAUUUUAAUAAAAAAGGCAUUCAAUCAAGCAUAAAUUUAUAUCUUAAUUGAAUCAAGGUUAAAAAGGACAAAAAAAAGUAGUUAUUAAAGUUGCGAUUGAGCUAUUACAAAUGUGUACAUAAGUUAUUUAUGCGGGUACCUGAACCUUGCUUCGGUACCGCAGAAUCAACAUCGCAUAAGUAAAAAAUAUAUAUUAAUGCAUAUUAUGAAAAUCAUUUCCUGAAACUAAAAAGCAUUAAUCUUGAGAUAUGCCUAGUUAUUGCAUUUAAUCCCGAUGAAUUAAGCAUUUUUGUAUUGUCUGCGUGCUUGUGCCAGUUUUGCUGUGUUUGUUGAGCCUAUGUAUAUAAAACGGAAGCAAACUGCCAUAAAGUUUGAGUUAUCAUUUUGCGGAUGAACUAGGACUAUGGCGUUUGGAGCAUCUGCGACAUCAAUUCAAUCCAUGACCGUUGGUAGCGGAAGUGCGUACGAUGGAAAAAUUGCAGGAUUGUAUGAUUUGGAAGAAACUCUGGGUUCUGGGCACUUUGCUGUGGUAAAAUUGGCUCGGCAUGUAUUCACUGGUGCUAAAGUUGCGGUUAAAGUAGUGGACAAGACAAAACUAGACGACAUCUCUAAAGCCCACUUAUUUCAAGAAGUGCGGUGCAUGAAGCUGGUGCAACAUCCAAAUGUAGUGCGGCUAUAUGAGGUCAUUGACACACCAACAAAACUCUACUUGGUGUUGGAAUUGGGUGAUGGUGGUGAUCUUUAUGAUUACAUAAUGAAACAUGAAGGUGGUCUUAGCGAAGAAUUUGCUCGAAAAUAUUUUAAACAAAUAUUGAGGGCUAUAACCUAUUGCCAUCAAUUGCAUGUAGUUCACAGAGACCUGAAACCAGAAAAUGUAGUAUUUUUUGAAAAAAUUGGCGUAGUUAAGUUAACUGACUUUGGAUUUAGCAAUAAGUUUUCACCGGGUCAGAAGUUGGAAACAUUUUGUGGUAGCUUGGCGUAUUCUGCUCCAGAAAUUCUUUUAGGCGAUUCUUAUGAUGCACCAGCAGUAGAUAUAUGGUCAUUAGGCGUUAUUCUAUAUAUGCUUGUUUGUGGCCAACCACCUUUUGAAAAAGCAAAUGACUCAGAGACCCUAACCAUGAUUAUGGACUGCAAAUAUACGGUACCACCACAAGUGUCUCUGCACUGCAAACAUUUGAUAAGCUCAAUGUUAGUGCGAGAUCCAAAAAGUCGUGCAACACUGGAUCAAAUUGCCGCGCAUCCUUGGUUAAAUGAAAUGUCUGAGUUUGAUGCAGCUGAUAGUUUACCGUUGAUAAGCCGGCAACAACUUUGUGAUGAGGAUCAUGCCUUUAUUAUACAGAAAAUGAUGAAUGGAAAUAUUGCUUCCAAAGAAGAGAUUUUGCAGGCAUUGGACAAAAAUAAGUACAAUCACAUCACAGCGACAUAUUUUCUUCUUGCUGAAUUAAAAUUACGCAAACGUCGCGAGGAACAAUUUCCCAAAAAACAUACACCAAUCCUUUUACAAGACGUGUUGGCAAAGACAAACAAUUCAGAAGUAAAGCGUGGGCAGAUACCAGAUGCCAAGACAAAAUCUUCAGAUUCAAACAAAAUCAUAUUGCCGGCUAACACGGUAACACGACCAGCAACAGAAUCUAAGACAGAUAAACGGAGUAGAAAAUGUAGUAUUGUUCGAGAAGAAGACGAAGAUGAGUCUGGCUACGAGAACACAAAUGACGGUAACGAAUUACAUGUAGCUGUUACGCGACGUGAAUCAAUCUCGGAUGGCCGUUUGAAUUGCGUCGUUCAAGAGCGAACAAAACCAAGCACUAUAAAGAAAAUAGAUGAUUGUCCAAAAAUGACUGCAUCGGUUGAUGCUACUUUAGUCCAUAAGCUUAAUCAAAUUGAAAAUCAUACCGCAUGUGAUACAAAUGUAGGAAAAGAUGCACCAAAUCAUAGAACAGGAAAACUACCAGUAACGGAUGACGCAUUGAGAGGAAUGAAGGACCUUGAAAUAGGCAAACUAAAUCCUUUUCCGAUGAGUGGUAAAAAUCCGGUAUUGACUCAUAGGCGCAGCAAACUAAGUAAGAUCCGGACCCCAUCAUGUAGUAGUUCCGAGGCAUCGGACGAUGAUACUAAAGCUCGUAGCAAGAAAAAAAUGAAUAAAUUUGUUGGUGACACCCCAACAAGAUUUCGCAUGCACCGGCGAGAUUCUCAUGAUGACUCAAGUGAUUCACAAGACCAAUCGUGUCCUCCAUCUGGAUCACAUAUACCAUCAGCGCAUGUAGUGGCCGACAAUAGCACAAACGUGAGUGGCAAAAAGGAAAGUCAAAAGCACAGUAAAGAGCAAAAUAAAACCGAUGAUACGCGAAAGAAUUGCAAUUCACAUUCAGAUCGACACAAAAAACAGCAAAGAGAUGACAAAGAGAAAAAUACUCGCACCAAUAAUAACUUAAAAUCGGAAUCGUUAAUAAGUGGCACUGGGCGACGCCGAGUUCGAGAGAGUCAAUCACUUGAUCGCAUAACCGAAGCACAGGAAUAUGAGUUUCGUCAAAAGGGUUUUACAUCCGAUGUGCACAUCGAUUUAAGGAGCUCGCUAUUUAAUCUCAACUCAUUUACGGUCGCAGAGACUAAGGAAGAAUACGACGAAGAAGUUAUUUCUGCUGAGUCAGAAAAAAACAUUAGCAUUUUCGCAGCUGAAAAUUCAAUACAUAUACAACGUGGAAGCGUCUCUAAAUUGAAUUCAAUAGAAAAUAUCGAUCUUAUUCUCGAAGAUAAGAGGCUUACGAAAGCAAUACAAAUUACUGGCUCAAAAUGUUUUGUUACCAUGAAGAAGAUUCGUAAGCUAGGUAAAUAUUUUCCCGUAGUAAAUUUUUCUUAAUACCAGAUGUGUCACCCGAAACAACUACUCACACAGAGGCAGAAUUCAUGAAAAAUAUAUAUAGAUAUUUUAACUAAAUUAAUUUAACUUUAAAGUAUAAUCUAAUAUUCAAUGCAAUAUUCUAGUAAUUAUAAAUAAAUCACAACAAAGUCACAUGCAUUACGCACGUUUUGAACGUAC